AGGGCGGUUAUGGGUAGUCCCAUCUCCAGUGUGUGGAGUCAGCAAGGCCUGGGGCACCAUUGGCCCCCACCCCCAGGAAACAGGCUGGCAGCUUACUCCUGCUGCCCACAGGAGCCAGGCCUCCUCUCCUGGGAAGGCUGAGCACACACCUGGAAGGGCAGGCUGCCCUUCUGGUUCUGUAAAUGCUUGCUGGGAAGUUCUUCCUUGAGUUUAACUUUAACCCCUCCAGUUGCCUUAUCGACCAUCCCAAGCCAGUAUUGGUAGCCCUGGAGGGCCAGGGCCAGGUUGUGAAGGUUUUUGUUUUGCCUAUUAUGCCCUGACCACUUACCUUCAUGCCAAGCACUGUUUAAGAACUUGUGUUGGCUGGGUGCAGUGGCUUACACCUGUAAUCCCUGUACUUUGGGAGGCCAAGGCGGGAGGAUCACUUGAGGCCAGGAGUUCCAGACCAGCCUGGGCAAAAUAGUGAGACCCCUGUCUCUACAAAAAAAAAAAAAAAAAAAAAAUUAGCCAGGCAUGGUUGUUAUGUACCUGUAGUCCCAACUAAUCGGGAAGCUGGCGGGAAGAUUGCUUGAGCCCAGAAGGUUGAGGCUGCAGUGAGCCAUGAUCACUGCACUCCAGCCUGAGCAACAGAGCAAGACCAUCUCCAAAAAAAAAAAAAACAACUUGUGUUAACGUGUUAAACUCAUUUAAUCUUUACAGUGAUUUAUGAGGUGGGUACUAUUAUUAUCCCUAUCUUGAUGAUAGGGACAGAGUGGCUAAUUAGCAUGCCUGAGAUCACACAGCUACUGCAGGAGGCUCUCAGGAUUUGAAUCCACCUGGUCCAUCUGGCUCCAGCAUCUAUAUGCUUUUUUUUGUUGGUUUGUUUUUGAGACGGAUUUUCGCUCUUGUUGUCCAGGCUGGAAUGCAAUGGCACAAUUUCGGCUCACUGCAACCUCCGCCUCCCAGGUUCAAGUGAUUCUCCUGCCUCAGCCUCCCGAGUAGCUGGGAUUACAGGCAUGCGCCACCAGGCCCAGCUAAUUUUGUAUUUUUAGUAGAGGCAGUGUUUAUGUUAGUCAGGCUGGUCUCGAACUCCCGACCUCAGGUGAUCCGCCUGCCUUGGCCUCCCAAAGUGCUGGGAUUACAAGCGUGAGCCACCAUGCCCAGCCAGCAUCUAUAAUAUAUGCUAAACCUUACCCACAGCUGCCUCUGUCUUGGGGUCAGGGUUCUUGAAUGGUCUGGGCCAGCCUGAGUUAGGAGUGGGAAGAGGAAGAGGAGGCACACGCCCAAGUGUUCUUCCCGCCUGACCGAGUCCUCUGCGCCUGUGAGGAAGGUGGGCACUGCUGUCACCCUGUUUCCCCGGAAGCCAGCAGGCCCAGGGAGAUACUGGGAUUUGCCAAAGGCUCACAUCGAGUGAGCAGCAGUGGGCGCUGGCCUCUCAACACCCAGCCUGGCACACACUGUCUCUGAGCAGACCUGGGAGAAGGCAUGUGAAACCCACCCAGCCCUGGCUGGAAGAGAAGUAGGGGAGUGGAAAUGAAAAGUGGGGAGUGGAAAUGAAAAGUGGGGACUGGGAGGAGCUGCCCACGUGCCCUCCAUGGUUCCAGGAUGGCGCUUUCAUGCUGGGAGUGAGCUUGCCCUGUGCCAGGCUGUCACUGAGGCGUUUUCCAUUCAACAACUGUUUCUCAGACAAGGCGCAGGCAGGUUAGCUCUCCCAGGCCACUCAAGUAGUAAGGAAACAGAUUUAAACCCAGACAGUUUGGCUCCAUGGCUAAGGCCCAGAGAGGGAUGAUGACAAGCCCAGGGUCACACAGCCACAGCCCCAGAGCUAGGAACUGCUGGCUAGGGCAAGCAGACAGCUGACUCCUAGCCAACUGGAGGUGGAGCAGAGGUGGAGCCAGGGAGACCCAGGUGGCCUCUCUCAGAGUGGAGCACAGGCAGCAGAGUGGCCCAGGGCAGCAUGAAGUGGUGCUGGGGCCCGGUGCUGCUCAUCGCGGGUGCCACGGUCCUCAUGGAGGGUCUUCAAGCCGCUCAGCGUGCCUGUGGACAGCGUGGCCCCGGCCCCCCCAAGCCUCAGGAGGGCAACACAGUCCCCGGCGAGUGGCCCUGGCAGGCCAGUGUGAGGAGGCAGGGAGCCCACAUCUGCAGCGGCUCCCUGGUGGCGGACACCUGGGUCCUCACUGCUGCCCACUGCUUUGAAAAGGCAGCAGCAACAGAACUGAACUCCUGGUCAGUGGUCCUGGGUUCUCUGCAGCGUGAGGGAUUCAGCCCUGGGGCCGAAGAGGUGGGGGUGGCUGCCCUGCAGUUGCCCAGGGCCUAUAACCACUACAGCCAGGGCUCAGAUCUGGCCCUGCUGCAGCUCGCGCACCCCACGACCCACACACCCCUCUGCCUGCCCCAGCCUGCCCAUCGCUUCCCCUUUGGAGCCUCCUGCUGGGCCACUGGCUGGGAUCAGGACACCAGUGAUGAUCCCAGACUCCAGCCCCAGCCCCGUCUCUUUCACCAGCUGCUGGGACCCUACGCAAUCUGCGCCUGCGUCUCAUCAGUCGCCCCACAUGUAACUGUAUCUACAACCAGCUGCACCAGCGACACCUGUCCAACCCAGCCCGGCCUGGGAUGCUAUGUGGGGGCCCCCAGCCUGGGGUGCAGGGGCCCUGUCAGGUUUGAUAGGGAGAAGAGAAGGAGCAGAAGGGGGAGGGGUCUAGCCCUGGGCUGGGGGUUGGACUCACAGGACUGGGGGAAAGAGCUGCCAUCAGAGGGUGUCUGCCAUAGCUGGGCUCAGGCAUCUGUCCUUGGCUUUGUUGCCUGGCUCCAGGGAGAUUCCGGGGGCCCUGUGCUGUGCCUCGAGCCUGAUGGACACUGGGUUCAGGCUGGCAUCAUCAGCUUUGCAUCAAGCUGUGCCCAGGAGGACGCUCCCGUGCUGCUGACCAACACAGCUGCUCACAGUUCCUGGCUGCAGGCUCGAGUUCAGGGGGCGGCUUUCCUGGCCCAGAGCCUAGAGACCCCGGAGAUGAGUGAUGAGGACAGCUGUGUAGCCUGUGGAUCCUUGAGGACAGCAGGUCCCCAGGCAGGAGCACCCUCCCCAUGGCCCUGGGAUGCCAGGCUGAUGCACCAGGGGCAGCUGGCCUGUGGCGGAGCCCUGGUGUCAGAGGAGGCGGUGCUAACUGCUGCCCACUGCUUCAUUGGGCGCCAGGCCCCAGAGGAGUGGAGCGUAGGGCUGGGGACCAGACCGGAGGAGUGGGGCCUGAAGCAGCUCAUCCUGCACGGAGCCUACACCCACCCUGAGGGGGGCUACGACGUGGCCCUCCUGCUGCUGGCCCAGCCUGUGACACUGGGAGCCAGCCUGCGGCCCCUCUGCCUGCCCUAUGCUGACCACCACUUGCCUGAUGCGGAGCGUGGCUGGGUCCUGGGACGGGCCCGCCCAGGAGCAGGCAUCAGCUCCCUCCAGACAGUGCCCGUGACCCUCCUGGGGCCUAAGGCCUGCAGCCGGCUGCAUGCAGCUCCUGGGGGUGACGGCAGCCCUAUUCUGCCGGGGAUGGUGUGUACCAGUGCUGUGGGUGAGCUGCCCAGCUGUGAGGGCCUGUCUGGGGCACCACUGGUGCAUGAGGUGAGGGGCACAUGGUUCCUGGCCGGGCUGCACAGCUUCGGAGAUGCUUGCCAAGGCCCCGCCAGGCCGGCGGUCUUCACCGCGCUCCCUGCCUACGAGGACUGGGUCAGCAGUUUGGACUGGCAGGUCUACUUCGCCGAGGAACCAGAGCCCGAGGCUGAGCCUGGAAGCUGCCUGGCCAACAUGAGUAUGUGGCCCUGGGGCCUCCUGCCAAACCCUGCCUCUCCAGGACCCUUCUCUCUCCAGUGAGAACGUGCCGUUCUAACCCACUCCAGUUGCCCUGGGUAGAGUGGAGCAACAGGCAGACCCAUUUGAUUCAGAUUCUGGUUCUUUGUCAUCGUGUGACUUGGAGCAGGCUGCUCAACCGCUUUGAGCCUCAGUAUUCUCAUCUGUCAUGGCGGCCAAGACAGACCCUGUUCCUUCGAGGAAUGGGGAGGGAGGGAGGGACCAAAGCCGUGAGGAUGAGGACAACUCCACCCUCCUUCCUUCCCCACAGGCCAACCAGCCAGCUGCUGACAGGGGACCUGGCCAUUCUCAGGACAAGAGAAUGCAGGCAGGCAAAUAGCAUUACUGCCCCUGUCCUCCCCAGCCUGUCAUGUGUGAUUCCAGGCACCAGGGCAGGCCCAGAAGCCCAGCAGCUGUGGGAAGGAACCUGCCUGGGGCCACAGGUGCCCACUCCCCACCCUGCAGGACAGGGGUGUCUGUGGACACUCCCACACCCAACUCUGCUCCGAAGCAGGCGUCCCAGCUUUCCUCCACCUUUACCCUUUCAGAUACAAUCACGCCAGCCACGUGUUUUGAAAAUUUCUUUUUUUGGGGGGCAGCAGUUUUCCUUUUUUUAAACUUAAAUAAAUUGUUACAAAAUAGACUUUAGAAAAUAA